AACAUCGCCCCCGGUGGCCGAAAGGCGUCACAGCGACAACCGCAAGGUGUCUUGUCACUUCAGUCUCGAGCUGUCACCUUUUCGACAACCUUGCCAGCGGGAGGUGACGUUCCUGUCGGAUUACCUGCUCGUCGGCGAUGCGAAACAAGUGCUUGUUCGGAAACUAAACGAGAAAGCGGCCGUUCUUUCUCGUUCUCUCUUGUGGCUUGUCAGAUUGUUGACAGCAGCCUGAUAGGUCAAAUUUUGUGAGGGUGGAGCCUGAUGGAUCAUGGUGGUCAGUUGGACUAUGAGGACAGAAUAAUGUCACAAGUUGUGGCAGAUGGGAUUGACUGUUGUGAUAACACAUCCCACCCUGAAUCUCAUACUGCCCAAGCUCAAAACCUCAACGAGAUCAACCCGCUCACUCAGGCUGAACAUACGUCAGCGCUACAUAAUGAUUAUGGAGCUGGACUCUCCUCGAAAGUGUCUCACAACAACAAUGGGGAGAACAAGGAGAAGUUGGAGACACACAAAAGUACAAGCCAAGAAGAAGAAGAGGACAUUGAUGAGGUGAUGAAGGAUGAAGAGGAAGAAUCAGAGGCAUCAAGUUGCCAAAUGCACUGCCAGUCUCCAGAUACUGUUAUGACAGAUUCCUCCUAUUCAGAAACAGGAAGUCUGCUGGAGAAUCCUUUCAGUCCUGGGACGAGUCCAGAACCUACAUCCCCUGUCUUGCAAGAAACAUCAUGUCCCAUCAGCCCAUUGGAACUGGGCCAGAGUGAAGUGGAUUUCGGUGGGUUUAACGCCACAUUGCUUGCCUCCAGCACACCAGGAUAUACCGUCAUGACGGGGGCUGUGCUUUUUUCUCAUCUAUCUUUAACCUCAGACACAGGCCUGAGCUGUACUGAUGGACCUGAACAUAUCCCAGCAACUACUGCCAGAAACGCACAAUCCAUUUCGGAACCUCUUACCACAUCUGUCCCAAGUGAAGGGCUCACAUGCCCUGAUGUUUCUGACCUUCACCCAGAGACAUCCCCUAUAAGGCCCCAUACCAUCACAUCUACUAGUCAAACAGCAGAGCCCUUUACCUUCACCACAGGGCAUAUAAAGACUGGUACACAACCCUGCUCCUCUUCUGGAUCGACAUUUCUACAAUCAGAUGACUAUAGUUCCUCUGCAGUGCCCAGCUGCACCACAAGGCCCAUCCCUACUCUGAUGGCCUCCCUGGAGCAGUUGGCCCAGAGAGGAGAUGAUACUUGCCUUCCACAAGACCUUCAUCAGAUUGCCGAAGCCUCUGUCCGUCAUGAAGAUUACUGUUUGGCUUUAAGGUGCAUUCAGCUGGAGAGGCUCUAUCACCAGAGAGUGUUGGACAACCUGAAUGCUCUUCAGCAACAGUGGGAAAGUCUGUGUACAAGAAGCUCGCCCAGCCUGGAAGCCCGACAUCUGGACACUCUCAGAGACAUCUGCCAGACGCACACUCGACCAAAUGCUACAGAUGCAGCAUCUUCAUCUCUGGACUUCUUAAGGCCCCUGCUUGAACAAGGGGAUGCAUUGCCUCCACCAGCCUGUCACAUUGAAGGUAGGAUGGAGAAUAGAGCAGAAGACUCCUCAUGUCCACAGACCAGCCAUCCACUCACACCCUCCAUUAUUCUGUCACAUCGACUCGAUUCCCCCAACAGUACCGAAAAGGACAGGGAAGUCCCUGAAUGCAAUUCAGAAGGGAGGGCCAGUUUGCAUGGGACUGAGCUGACUGACGAGAAGGAGGGCAGUGGUAGAGAGCAAGGGGAGUGUCUGGAACACGCCACUUCAGCCCCAGGAAAUGUGUUGCACCCCUCUGAAGCUGUACAAAUGGAUCAGACCAAGCCCGCAGAGCUUCAGGGAGGAGAUUUAGGUUUGGCUCUGGAAAAGGAGGUGGAUUGGGAGGACGAGGGGAGCAAUGUGGGAGAGGCAGCGGAGCCACUGAUGAUGGAAGAUGAGACUGAAGAAGAAGAGGGAGAGGUAGAGAGCAAAGUGCUCCGUGGGAUAGAUGUGGAGGUGGAACAUCUGCACCAGGAACCGCAAGUGGAAGGAAAAGAGGAGAUUUGUCAAGAGAUCAAGGAGGGAAAUGAAAGCAGCCUGCAGCAGGAUGAUGAUGAUGCCGAUCUUCCUCAAGAGGCUCUCCUGAAACACCCCGAGCUGGGCAACGAGGAAGAGGAGGAGCAGGAAGAAUAUGAGGCUGAGCGAGCUGACAUCUUUAGAGACGCUAUCACACUGGACGACAUGGCUAAACUCAUCGCUGUAGAGAUGUCUCCUGCCUCUGGCCUCAUCUCAAUCUUGAAGAAGAGGACUUUGCCUUCCGACUAUCUUAGUUUGUCUGCAAGUCUGGAGUCCAGGUCCAAUAAACCCACUGCCAAAAGACGAGUCCGCUUCAAAGUAGCAGAUGAUGGCUUUGAUAGUGAUGUUGGUGGCAGAGACUCCUGCCUGCUUCUCUUUCUGCUUUGUCUGGUUACUGUGGUGAUCAGCAUGGGCGGCACCACCCUUUACUGUGCUCUGGGUGACGUGCAUUCCUCCGUCUGCCGGGACUUCUCCAGAAAUGUGGACUUUUACUUUGGACAGAUGCAGCGCGGCGUAGCUCAGCUCCAACAGUGGUUAGCCCCGAGUUCGACGUAGCGGCUCGUCAACAAGGGACAGACAACAGUCAGCAUUACACAAGUCAGUCACCCAGGUGUCCCUUUAUUAUGAAAAAGUGAAAGAAGUGGUUACACCUCAGGUCCACCAAAGAGUCUGUUGUUUAGAAACAAACCAUGACUGGAUCCAUACUACUCACUGGCUUCCUUCAAGAAAGCAGGAAUAACAGCUGACACCACUAUAAGUUGGUGUUUAUGUUUAAAAAAUUAAAAAAAAAAAAGGUUGUAAACUGGAGGGCUGAGACGUGCUCUCUACACAUGUGCUGCACAAAUAUUGGCCUCAUGGGCAUUUUGCAAAAUGUUGCAACAUCUCGAGUUGCUUUUAUUGAUUAUUUUUUUUUUAAAUAACAAAUGGAAAGAAAUCAUGCAUUGCAGUCUUAAUCAUGUCUUAACAUGCUGAAUGAAUGUUUUCAGUCAUAUGUAAAGCAUUUACACUAUGUAUUUUUAAAGUUUUCUUCUUUUUAACAAAUUGAGCUGUUGCUGGACUACGGACAAUUUACGAUGAAUAACGCUACUCUUAAGCUAUGCAUUGUUCCACCACUUAGCAGUGUGUUCUACUUGUACAUUUACAAACUAAUCUAAAACAUACAACUACAGGAAUAUGGGAAAGUUUAACAUGACUGGUACGAUUCUUUUUUGUUUUGUUUGUUUGUUUUUUUGGAAGUACUGCAAUAUUAUCCUCAAACUAGAGACCUCUUGCAUCUAAAAAUUAUUCAUUGUAAUUUACAAUGUUAUGUUAUGUAGCUUUGUGUCGGCCCAGCUGGGUCUUUACACCUCUCAGGAUUUCUGGGCAUCAUCCUCUUUGUGAGAGCCGCUGUUGUUUUGUUUCCCCACAUUUGAGAGGUUUUUUUGGUUCUUUAUUUUUAACCCUUUGGGAGGAGACCUUUUCUUUGUGCGGCCGAUUUUUCUCGGAAUACGACAUUGUAUUGUCCUACCAGUCCAAUUUUUGUUUUAAAGCAUUUCUAGUCGGUAUCUACUGUAUACAUGACAUGUUGCAUGUUGCGUUGGACGCCCGCAAAUGGUGCGAAAAUAUCAAACAAAGAUGGCAACAAUACAGUUUUCACAUAUUAGGAGCUUCCAUGUAGUCUUAUAUGCAUUAUGAAAAGUAUGCAGUAUUAUCAUGUCAUACAAUGAUGUAAUAUGUCUUAAAUUACUUGUUGUUUUUUUGUUUGUUUGUUUUUUUUCUUGCACGAGUCAUCUGGCUGGUUCAGAUGACUGAAAAUCUUUAAUUGUGUCUACUUUUUAUUUAUGAGUCAGCGGAUGCAUUUUGUUUUUGUCGUUCUUGUCACUUAAUGAUUGUUGUUGCACAUUAAAAUAGCUUUUUGUCAUUCAUGCUGGCAUUACUCAUCAGGCCACUUUACCUUGUAAUCAAAUGCUUUUUAACAAUUAUGUGUAAUUUGCUUGUAUCACCUUUAUACCUAGCAGGUUGGUCCUCUUGUCACAUUAGAUGAUCAUGUUUUUACACUCUUCUGAGAAUCAAAAAAUUAGCUUACAGCAAAAUGGAAAUGUGUGUCAUGAAGUUCUGUGUAUCGCUCAUGAGCUGAUGACAGCAAUGUUCACUUUGGUCUAACGUGAAAGUUUGUGGAAGAUGUCCUAUAUUAAAGAGAAGAAGACUCAGUAUGUGGAGGGUCAGUGUUGAAAGAAAAAAAAAUAAAACGUAAUGUAAAUGUCUUUCUUGACUGCAGAUUUGAAUAAGUUGAUCGAGUGAUUCUAUUUUUAUUUUUUAUUUUAUUUUAAUGAAAUCUGAACAAAGAAUUGCUUCCACUCAGAUCUCUGAGGUUCGGAGUAUCUGUUCAUGUCAAAUUUAAAGUAAAGUCUGGACUUGAAACAUGGA